AUGACCAGUGAUACAGAACAUCCAACGUCUGAGAUCGGAGAGGCUGAUCUUGUAGAGACUCCAGGAACCAUUGAUGGAGGAAGUGCCGAACCUACAGUCGAGCCUGAGACUACUGGUGAAGGUGCUACGAGUGCAAGCACUGCUAAUUCUAAAAAGAAAAAGGUGCCACCAAAGGCAUCAGCAGAAGUUUUACAAAGACGUAGAGAAGGUAGAAUCAAGGCAGCUGCCACCAUUGCUAAUAAUUUGAAGAAAACCGGAAUUGGUCGGUUUGAAGAAGAGAAUGGAUUUCUGCUUACCAGUGUUAAACAAAUUCCAUUAAUUAAUCAAAAGAAUUAUUUUGCAGACUAUUUGAAAAAGGAUGAACAAGUUUCAUUUAUUAGAAAUUGGAGAAGUGAAAAACUUAUGCAAGCAAACAAUAAUAAUAAAUUGAAAAAAGCUCUUAAGAAGGAAGAUACUGAUACACCAUCAGGAGAAGUUCGUAAUUUUGAAGAUUUCAAUUUAGGAGACAUUGAGGAAGAGAUGAAUAGAAAGGCAGCAGCAGCAGCGGCUGCCUUAGACGACGAGGAAGAUGAAGAUGAAGAAGAAAACGAAGUGGAAGGAGAAGGAGACGUCGAAGAAGAGAUUAGUGAAGAAAAGGCAAGAUUGGGAUUUGAUACGAUUGUAAUACAACCUGGUUCUUCAAACGUUAGAAUUGGUAGAGCUACAGAUGCCUUUCCUAGAACGGUUCCAGCAGUUAUUGCUGUUAGAAAACACACCAAAGAAGCCAAGAGCACAACUCCACAUGUCAAUUAUCCAAUUAGAACUAUACAAGAAGAUGGUAGUGUAUUCUUUCUGGAAAACUUCGAUCAAGUUAAAGAUGUUGUAACUAAGGAUUUUAAGGCAAGAAUGAAAUAUUAUAAACGUAGAAUCUUACCAAAUUCAAGAGAAUCAGCUGCCAACUACAACAAAAGACAAGAACCAGAAAGAAUUCCUGACCAUAAUGAUCCAUAUAAAAAGGAAUGGUUAGAUUCAAAUGAAACGAAAACUCAAGAAUUUUUCGUUGGAGAUGAAGCAUUAAAAUUACCAAUUAAAGAACAAUCUGGAUCAAUUUGGAAGUUAAGAUUCCCCAUUGUAAAUGGGAAUUUCAGUGAAUCAGAAGAUUAUGAAUCACCACAAGAAGUACUUGGAGAUUUGGCACAUAUUGUCGAAACUACAUUAGCAUCCAUGGAUGUCAGUAAUUUCACAAAUCUUAAAGUUUUACUUGUAAUUCCAGAUUUAUAUGAUAAAGUAUACGUUGAAAACUGGUGUGAUAUGUUAUUUAAACAAUUAAAUUUCAGUAAAGUUGCCAUUAUACAAGAAUCUGUUGCAGCUACAUUUGGUGCAGGGGCACAAUCUGCAUGUGUUGUUGACGUUGGAGCACAAACCACUACCAUUUCAUGUGUUGAUGAAGGACUUAUUAUUAAUGAUUCAAGAAUUGUUUUAAAUUAUGGAGGUGAUCAUAUUACUGAAACUUUUAUGAAACUUUUAUUACAACUGCUGUUCCCAUAUCAUGAUAUUAAUUUGAAAAGUUUUAAUGAUGAUUGGGAAUUAGCUGAACUUUUAAAGAAAAAUUAUGUUACAUUCCUGGAUGCUGACAUUGCUGUACAACUUUAUAAUUUUUAUAAACGGAAACCAGAUGAAUUAACUAUCAAAUAUGAAUUCAAAGUAUUUGACGAAGUCAUGAUUGCACCUUUGGGACUUUUCUAUCCAUCAUUAUUUGAAAUUGAAAAUGAUAAACCAAGGAAAAGAAUUUUAUUCCCAACAUCAACUGAUCAAUAUUCAGGUAAACCAAAUAAUCCAUAUUCAAAAGCUCAAGAAAAUUUAACAAAUGAUUUAAUUCAUGCCGAUAUGGCUGAUGAUCAAUUAUUAUUACAAAUGGUUGAUGAAAAAAUUAGAUUAAAACUUGCUAAUCCAUACCUGAAACCUAAACCAACAAAGACAUCAACAAAUGAUCAACAAAAGUAUCAUAAAGUAUUGGCUCCUUUAGAAAAGGCUAUAAUUGAAUCUAUUACCAAUGCUGGGGUUGCAACAGAUUUCACCAGAGUUAAAAGAUUAUAUGAUAAUUUACUUAUUGUUGGUGGAGGUUUUGCCAAAAUCCCAUCAUUUGAUCUUUUAUUAACCGAUAGAAUUAAUAUUUGGAGACCUAAAUUUUUAUCUUCAUCUUCAAUGGAUGAAAUAUUAGAAUAUGUUACUAUUGAAAGAACCAAAAAUGAUUUAAAGAAAAAGGAAUUGAUAACUCAAUACAAGGAGAAAAAGUUAAAGGAACGUUCAGCAAAUGCCAAUGGAGCCACCACCAGUUCUGAUACUGGUACUGCCUCUAGCACUGCGGCCACGUCUACCACCCCUGCUACAACAGCCGUCACUUCUGCUGGUACUGAAGAAAAAGAUGAUAAUUUGGAAGACAUUCAAUUAGAUAAACAGGAACUUGCAGAAAUCGAAGCAAUGACUCAACUCGAAUUAGAUUUAGAUUAUAUUGAUCUGAUAAGUGAUAAGGGCCAAUUAUUGCUGGUGAAUGUUUUACCUCCACCUCGUGAAUUUGAUCCAGAAGUUUUAACUUGGAAGGGUGGUAGUGUUUAUGCUCGGUUAAAAGUUAUUAGUGAGAUGUGGAUUACUGAAAAUGAUUGGGAUUUACUUGAAAGUAGAUGUUUAUAUUACAAGAGUUUGUUCAAUUAUUAG